GCGGUUGUGGCAUCUCGCUGCGUAUCCCAUUCCCAUUCGUGAAUCCCCCCUACCUGUCGGCGCGCGUUGUCUGUGAGGACCUACCUACUGUCGUGUGGUGUCGUGUCGUGACCAUGGUCAAGAAGGCGGGCACCUCUGCGGGCGGGAGCAAGUCCAAUGGCGGCGGGGGUGUCAAGAAGGACCCCAAGAACCCCAAGAACGCAUGUGAGCACACCACACCGACGUGUGUGGCCGCAUUCCCUGAUGGGGUGGGCGCGGCGCGGUGCAUAUGGGGUGGUGUGCAGACUUCCACUAUGCUGCGAGUCGUCGUGAGGAGUUGAAGGAGAUGGGUAUCAAGGCCAGCCUCAUCAACAAGAAAAUGGGUAAUGCGAUGGAUGGGCCGGAUGCAUCUGGGGAGGCGUCAUACGGACAUGGUCUGUGUGUGGUGUGUGGUGUGUGGUGUGUUGUGGUGUGUGCAGGCAAGGAGUGGCGUGAGAUGGAGGAUGAGGACAAGAAGCCCUACAUCGAUAUGGCACGGAUGCAUCUCACAAACACAUGCAAACACACACAUGGACGGCACGUCACCACAGACAUGGAUGUGUGUGUGUGUGUGUGUUGUGUGGUGUGUUGUGGUGUGUUGUGGUGUGUUGUGGUGUGUUCAGGCUAAGGAGGACCAGCAGCGCUACGAGCGUGAGGUCGAGGCAUCCGACGACUGAGCAGAGCAGAGCAAAGCAGAGCAGAUAGAACGUAGAUAGAUCCACCGACGGACCCACCAACCACACAACACAACACCACACACACGGCAACACCAACAGAAAGAAAGACCCAUCACUGACUGUGGCAUACACACACACAUGCUGCGCACACACAGAUACACACAGAUACACACACACACACACACAUACAACACGAAGACCAUACAAGACAGCCGCAGUGCGAUAGCCCACCCCGCCUGAUACCACCCCGCCUCGCCCCAUCCCAUCCCAUCAUCUGUGCAGUGACUGGCUGUGUGUGCAUGUGCGUGUGCCUGUGUGCUCGUGAGGCGGAGGAACAGAGAGAUAGGUAGAGGGAGGACCUUGACGCGGGGGUUCAUACGUGUGUGUGUGCGUGUGUAAUGCGUGUGUUUGUAUGCUCGCGUAGGACUGCCUGCAUGUGCGUAAGACCCUUGAUGAAAUGAGUGAAUGGAUG